UGUUUGGAAGAAAUUAAAAUUGGAAGAUCGUCAAGGCAUGGUGAAGGAGAGUAGAGCUGAGGCAAAGCUUGGGGUUGGAGUGGAAACCCUUUGGAGAGCUUUGGUUAAAGACUUGAGAUUUAUAAUUCCAAAGCUGAUUCCAAACACAGUGGACAAAAUUGAGCUCCUUCAUGGGAAUGGUGGCCUUGGUUCUGUCUUCCUCUUCCAUCUUGCCCCUGGUGUGAAGAUUAUGAAGACUCAGAAGGAAAGGAUUGUGGAACUUGACGAAACAAACCAUGAAUUUGGGCUGCAACUGAUUGAAGGGAUUCUGUUAAAAACAGGGUUUUCUUCCUUCAAGACAACGUUCAAGCUUUCUUCAAUCACACAAAAUGAAACCCUUGUGGAUAUCAAGGUUGUUUAUGCGACUCAAAAAGAUGAAGAUGAUGAACAUGACGAAGCCCACAUGAAGGAAGUGGCAACUAAGCCACCUCUCUCUUUUCUUCACCUCUUGGAAAACUUUCUUCUUCAUUCAUCUUCCUAACAACUCUUCUUUUUCA